CGAGAGACAGCAUCAUCAUCAUCAUCCAGCGGAGGACAAAGACGCAGAAAUGGGUCACAGCAGCGGCUGAUCUCAGGGUCUGUCUCUUCUGCUCGGUGUUCCUCAGACAUCACGUCAUGUUCCUCGGCUGUGUUCUGCUGCUGUGUGUCCUGCACGUCUGCGGCGGGACCCCGGACCCCGACAGAGAGAUGUGCUACUCUCGGCAGCAUCGGGACGCCGCUGUAAACACGCGUGUGGCUCUGGAUCAGAAGGGGACCGUCAUGGUGGCCCGAGCCAAGCUGUCAGAGAAAGACUGCAUCCUAACCUGCUGCUCGGAGGACAUCGGUUCAGGGCUGAAGUGUAAUCUGGUGGUGUAUGAACCUGGAGAUCUGAGCUGCCAGCUCUUCCACUGUCCGAGCGAGAGAGAGUGUCCGCUGAUGACAGCCAGCGCCGGAGUCAACACCUACAACAUAUUCAAGGGGAAGCCCAAGGUGUCUCGGGUGAUGUGGAAGAACAGCCUGCUGGCCAUCGUGGUGACCACACUCGUCUUCCUCACGCUCAUCCUCUCGCUGGCGGCCCGUAAAGCCAUGGAGUCGUUCGACAGACGCCACUACACCAGACUGGAGCUCAACGAGCUGCACUACGAGCUUUAA